AUGCCACUGCUCGAAUAUAAGUUAGAAGAAAGAUCACUUUCUUCAGUUGAAGAUCCAUUUGAUUAUGUAAAUUUACUUGAAUGUAAAUGUGAUUCCUGUGAAUCAUGGAAACAUCAAUCCAAAAGACAAACACUUUGGUUAUUCCUUGGAAUAGUAAUUCCAUUACUUUGGAUUUUUAAUUCAAUCAGAAUCUUAUUUAUGUUAUUCUAUAAGAAACAUGAUCCAAUUUCUGUCGAUCAAUACCUCGUUUUCCAGAAUCAAAAAGUAUUUCUCCCAAGUAAUGUCGCUGGUUUGAAAAGAAAUGAGAACGGUCAUGUGAUUUAUCAUCGAAAGAGGAGACAAGAGAUGUUUGAUGGGUUAGGGCAUAGUCUUUUAGCAUUUGCUCUUUACAGCGUGGUUGUUUUGAUGAUUGUUGUUACUUGCUAUUAUAUUAAAAAUAAUUAG